AUGAAGAAAAAACUGGACGAGCUCACAGACCACUCUCUCCUAAACAGAAUGUGAGGAAGAAUCUUGAUUUUGAACCACUCUCCACCACAGCACUUAUUUUAGAGGACAGACCAGCGAACCUCCCUGCAAAACCAGCAGAAGAAGCUCAGAAACACAGACAGCAGUACGAAGAAAUGGUGGUUCAAGCAAAAAAAAGAGAGCUUAAAGAAGCCCAGAAGAGAAAGAAACAACUGGAAGAACGCUGUAAACUGGAAGACAGCAUUGGCAAUGCUGUUUUAACUUGGAACAAUGAAAUCUUGCCCAAUUGGGAAACUAUGUGUUGUUCCCGUAAAGUUCGAGAGCUAUGGUGGCAGGGCAUUCCACCAAGUGUGAGAGGCAAGGUCUGGAGCUUGGCAAUUGGCAACGAGUUAAACAUCACCCACGAACUGUAUGAUAUUUGCUUGGCUCGUGCCAAAGAGAAAUGGCGAUCACUUAGCACAGGAGGGGCUGAAGUAGAAUGUGAAGAUGCUGGAUUUUCUACAGCUGACAGAGAAGCGAGCUUGGAGUUAAUAAAACUGGAUAUCUCAAGAACGUUUCCUAAUCUCUGUAUAUUCCAGCAAGGUGGUCCUUACCAUGACACGUUGCACAGUAUUUUAGGAGCCUAUACUUGUUACAGACCUGACGUAGGCUACGUACAGGGCAUGUCCUUCAUAGCAGCAGUGUUGAUCUUGAACUUGGAUACUGCAGAUGCCUUCAUUGCUUUUUCUAACCUUUUAAAUAAACCCUGUCAGAUGGCGUUUUUCCGUGUGGACCAUGGCCUUAUGUUGACUUACUUUGCCGCGUUUGAGGUAUUCUUUGAAGAAAAUCUGCCAAAGUUAUUUGCUCACUUCAAAAAAAAUAACUUAACUCCAGACAUCUAUCUUAUUGAUUGGAUAUUCACAUUGUACAGCAAAUCUUUGCCACUGGACUUGGCAUGUCGUGUCUGGGAUGUGUUCUGCCGUGAUGGAGAAGAGUUCUUAUUCCGUACAGCCCUGGGAAUAUUAAAACUUUUUGAAGAUAUUUUGACCAAAAUGGACUUUAUUCACAUAGCCCAGUUUUUAACAAAGCUACCAGAGGACUUGCCUUCGGAAGAAUUUUUCACAUCUAUUGCUGCCAUUCAGAUGCAAAGUAGAAACAAAAAGUGGGCUCAGAUACUGGCUGCUCUGCAGAAAGAUAACCGGGAAAUGGAAAAAGGAAGUCCUUCACUCAAACGUUAAAAUUACGGUUCCCUCCAGUGACUUACAGAAAAACAGCUAAAGUGGCAAAAGUAUUGAGUACUGUUUGACAUGUAUGAGCCUGCAAAUCAAAGUGUUAUUGCAGAGUUUUGUUUAGUAGUAGAUUAGCCUUAAAGGGGAGAGAGGUAAAAAAGAGAAGGGGGGGGGAGGGAAGGAAGGAAAUCGGGGGAUAAAACCCCUUAUAAAUUAAACCUAGGCUUAGCCUUAAACUUCUGGUGGAAUGAGCGUUUGCUGUGGACAGCAUUACACAGUCUGUUCUUCAGAUGAGGGCGGUGAAACUAAACAAUAUUAAGGGGUUUUUUUUAUUAUUUUAUUUCUUUGAUUUUUUAAAAGACUGGGCAUUCAGCAAUGUCGGUUGCUUUGAAAGCUGUUCCCCAGUUUCAUUCUUAGGCAGGAUGUGUUUCCCAUACCAGUAGCUGGAUCUGGAUUUUAAAUAACUGGUGCUGGAAUUUGUAGUUAAAUGAUGUAAGGACCAUUUCUUU